UUUCAUAUUUAUAAAAUUUCUAUCAUUUCUCAUCGACCCAUCUAUAAGGUCAUUGCCCGCUUAUAUUGCUACCUAAUAAUAAAGAAGUUACUCCAUCGUAAUGAUGACCAGCGUUGGGGGCGGGGUUCGUCAAGUGAGAAUCAGCUCAUUUUCUCUCAUGAUGCCUUCCAUUGGCGUGCCGUAAUUGGUGCGUUAUGAGUAGAUUAGGCAAGGGCUUCUGAUUAGAUCUACCAAAACCAGAUCGCCGGGGUAUUCGAAGUGCUAAAUAAAGUCGUAGAGUUGACGCUAGAUCGGAAUGAAAUCUUAAAAAAAGCUUCUGUAGGGCUGGAUUGACAGGUAUCGUACCUAUCGUACCUACCUUAGCGGUGCAUCCUUCCUCACAUCACAUCUCAUCGGUUCUCAAAAUCGUAUGACCUACCCCAACAGGAAGCCGUCACCGCAUCUAGGAAAGAACCCUCCAACUACAACAAAAUUUUAUCGAUUUGGGGAAGAUGGAGCGACCCGAAGAAGAUCCUAUCGUGGAGUUGAUCACGAGUUUUAACGAGUUAAACUCCGGUACGGUAGAAGAUUUAGACGAAGAACCAAGUCCGCUGGAGUUCAUGCGUUAUGUAGCACGAAACACCCCUUUCGUCGUGCGUGGUGGUGCUGCCGGCUGGUCGGCUACACGGCAGUGGACAGCCACUUAUCUCCGAGAGUCGCUUGCCGGUCACCGAGUCAAUGUAGCUGUGACACCAUUCGGGAAUGCAGACGCCCCUACUACCAUGGAGGGUGAGGAACAUUUGGUCUUCGCUAAACCCCAUGAAGAAGACCAGACGUUCGAGGAGUUUCUGGACUACCUAACAGCACAAGAAAUAGCUGACCACUCUUCGCCCGAGAGUCACGGUGAAGUGAGGUAUGCUCAGACACAAAAUGAUAAUCUGCGGCACGAGUAUUCUUUUCUUUACUCGCAGGUCCCACCAUCCAUCCCCUUCGCUCGCAUAGCACUUCAGAAAAAUCCAGACGCCAUUAAUAUGUGGGUUGGUAGCUCAAGGUCAGUCACAGCACUACAUCGCGACAACUAUGAGAACAUAUAUGUGCAAGUCGCCGGACGUAAACACUUCGUUCUGCUACCCGCGCUAUGCCAGCCUUGCGUCAACGAGCAAGAAUUAUUACCCGCCUCUUAUUCCAGAGGAGAAGAUGGUCUUAUCCUACAAAAAGAGGAUGGCGAUAAAGUCCCAUUCGCCGUCUGGGACCCAGAUAACCCAACCGUAAGAGGCACCCAAUAUUCGCACCUCGCAAGACCCUUAAGGGUUACACUCGAACCGGGAGAUAUGUUUUAUCUGCCAGCCAUGUGGUAUCACAAAGUUUCACAAUCCUGCUCUGAAGAAGGUAUAUGUGUUGCCGUUAAUUAUUGGUACGACAUGGAGUUUAGCGGACCUCUAUAUCCCCUAACCUCCUUGGUCCGGAAUCUCGGCAACAAAAAAACGAAAUGACCCAUUUCACGUAAAACUGAAAUAAUUGGUGAAUCCCGGUUUAUCAUAUAAUACUGGAGCCCCUAUUACAUAAGUGAUACCCACCUA